UUGACUGGCGGAAGGGGAAGUGGGGCGGGGGGGCGCAGGCGGCGGUGGGGAAGAUGGCGUACCAGAGCCUCAGGCUGGAGUACCUGCAGAUCCCACCAGUCAGCCGCGCCUACACCACCGCCUGCGUCCUCACCACCGCCGCUGUGCAGUUGGAAUUGAUCACACCUUUUCAGUUGUACUUCAAUCCUGAAUUAAUCUUCAAACACUUUCAAAUAUGGAGGCUAAUCACCAAUUUCUUAUUUUUUGGGCCAGUUGGAUUCAAUUUUUUAUUUAACAUGAUUUUUCUAUAUCGUUACUGUCGAAUGCUAGAAGAAGGCUCUUUCCGAGGUCGGACAGCAGACUUUGUAUUUAUGUUCCUUUUUGGUGGAUUCUUAAUGACUCUUUUUGGUUUGUUUGUGAGCUUAGUUUUCUUGGGCCAAGCCUUUACAAUAAUGCUUGUCUACGUUUGGAGCCGAAGAAACCCAUAUGUCCGCAUGAACUUCUUUGGCCUUCUCAAUUUCCAGGCCCCCUUUCUACCCUGGGUGCUCAUGGGCUUUUCCUUGUUGUUGGGGAACUCAAUCAUUGUGGACCUCUUGGGUAUUGCAGUUGGACACAUAUAUUUUUUCUUGGAAGAUGUAUUUCCCAAUCAGCCUGGUGGAAUAAGAAUUCUGAAAACACCAUCUAUUUUGAAGGCUAUUUUUGAUACACCGGAUGAGGAUCCAAAUUACAAUCCACUACCUGAAGAGCAGCCAGGAGGCUUCGCCUGGGGUGAGGGCCAGCGCCUCGGCGGAUAAAGUGGCAGUGCCAAUAAUGAGACCCAGCUGGGGAGGACUCACUGACAUGCCCAUUGGGAUUCUUUUAUCCUUUGUAUUGGAGACGCGUGGACACUUUCGACAGCUUGACAGAUUUUAACUCCAGAAGCACUUUAUGAAAUGGUACACUGAUUAAUCCAGAAGACAUUUGCAGCAGUUUGCCAGUGGUUCCUCAAUACACUGGUACUGAAAGUGUAAUCUCUCGGAGCCAAAAAACUGGAGAAACAAACACCCUGCCGCCUCUAACGAACAAGUACAUGAGUACUUGGGUUCUAUGGUGUAAGGCAGAGCUUUUUCCUCCUCUUCUUCUUUGAUAGAUGAGGUCAUGGUGUAAAUGGAAGUUUCAGAGAGGACAAAAUAAAACUGAAUUCCAUCUCUCUCUCACUGAAUUAAAGCUUUUGUGUGUGAUCUUUUAAAUUAUGAUCCUGUAUUCUAGCUCUCCUGCAUAGGUCUGAGCUCAGAGCAAUUGACAUGCUCACUCUUCCUGUGUCUUCACGGCUUUUGACUGGAUUUCAUUUCAAGAUUGGAAGUAUGUGGCUGUUAUACUGUGGCUGUAUACACAUCAUACUAAUGCAGAAUGCCAGCUCCACUAGGAAGAAGAUUUAGUUCUGUUGUCCAGAUAGUUUGUUCUCCAUCUGGAUUUUGCAGAACUUGAAGUUGUCAGACAAUGUGGAAAAAAGGGGGAGGGUGGUUCUUGUAGCAGCAGGAAUUCAGCUAUGGGAGAGUCUCCUAUAAGUGGAAAGCAAAUAUGGCAUCUUAUUUACUCUGCUUGCAUUUCUCCACUAAGAAAUAUCCAAGGAAAGACAGGUAAUGGCCACAUCUUGGAAAACAACAGGAAGAUCUUCUUUAGACCUGGAAAGCAAGUUCGAAUGUUGACUUUGGAGCCAGAAGAACAGGCACUAGUUGGGCCGGGAUCCGUUUCUCCUGGGUCUUUGGCUGGUUGACCUUUGUCAUUUGCUUCAUCAAAAGCCAAAAAGCUUUACAUGGUAUACCUUCCCAAUCAGGUAGAAAUUAGACAGGGUCGCAGAAGUAGGUAGUUAAUACCUGUGGUUCAGUAAAUACCUAAAAUAUUAACUUUUCUCAGUUUCAGCAGGUUUGCAUUCACACUGCUUAAGUAAUUCAGAGGACCCAGAGGAAUAAAAUGGACACCCCCACAGAAGAGAUUAUUUCAAACAGCUUUCAUAAACAGCAUGUAGGUACAGGACCUACAUUUUCCAAGUAGUUCCAGCCCAACUAAGUGAUAGCUUUCUAGAGUGUGAGAUUUUCCUCAGAAAGAUGGGUGUGAGUUUUAGAUUAAACAUAAUAAACAUAUUAAAUAGGAAUUUUUGGAUUGUGAAGUGAAAAGUCUUUUAAUAUCUAAAUGGAAUAUGCAUAAGUAAUAGAAUUUAAUAUGGAUAUUUUACAUGUUGCUAGUCAGUAACUUUGAAUAUGUUUGUUGCAAUUUUAUGGAACUUGGGUUAAUGGGACUGCUUUUUUGUCCUAAGUGGUUUAAAAAAUAUCUUUCAAGUUUAAAUGCCAAUCUUAGAAUGUAUAAUCCUUAUGGGAUUCUUAAAUUUUGUCAUAUCUUGUCUUUGUUCAAGAAAGCUUGAAUUUAAUUAGACGGGUUUUUCUUAAUUGUUUAUUUGGGGCUAGAAAUAGGUUUCUCUAGUUUUAUUUGUUCUCCCUUAGUUAACUUUGAGUUAUCCAAUUCAUGGAACUUUUGUGGUAAAAUUUUAAUCCUAAAAUCUGUUCACUGUUCAUUUAAGUAAGGGAUGUCUGUACAUAUUGAUGACUGGGUAAAAACAGGAAACAAGUUUUGAAUUUAUGGCCUAAACACAGUCAGUCACGGGAUUUUGAUUUCUCUGAUUUUGGGUGAGAAUUGCUGCGGCAGGAUGUCCUACUGUGCUACUACACUGUGUCCUGCUCGGUGGGACUUUGAAUCACUGACCUCUUAGCAGUUUGGCCAGUCCCACUACCACCGUCCCUAGCCGUGUGGCUUGACAGGACACCUAGGCUUACGUGGACAUCAGGAAAGUCCUCACUUCUUCCCAGUUUACCUCUCAGUCUUACUUCUCCCAGAACAUACUUCUUUUUCAUAAUGCAAGUCAACUGAAAAGUGAGAUUUGAUAUAUGGCUUGUGACCGCUUACCUGACAUACAUAGAAUUUAAGGGAUUCCUGGAUUCUCCCAGUAAUACUGAAAAGCACACCUGACUAAGGCGUAGGGUUUUUUUGUUGUAGAAAUACAGUAUAUGUUCAUUGGAAAAAAUGGACGUGCAAAUUGCAUCUCCCUAGGAGAUUAAUUUUAUAUACAUUUUGGUGUGUUUUUUCACUAUGGAUUUCUAUUUGUUUCUCUCUUCCACUUGUUCUUUUUCCAUGUCACUCUUGUAUUUCCUAAUAGCUUUCAUACAGCUUGUGUAGUCUCUCUAAGCAGAGAGCACCCAAGUCCUGGAUCUUGGAAAUGAAACCCUCACUCUGUCUCGGGGGCCUAUGAAAAUUAGGAACUAUUGGAGCUAUUGGCAUGUUGGGUAAGGGGCUUCCUAGAAUUGUCAUUUAACCUUGAUAGCAUUUGAUGUUGUGGCUCUAUUUUCCUUUGACAGGUGAAUGCCAUCCGUGUUGCUAGUCACAAUAUUGCCAUUGUUUUCAGUGUUCUGUAGGAUGUCCCCUAAACUCCUUGCAUAUUUUAUGAGUUUGCAUUAAACUUGUUGAACUUUG